AUGGGUUUUUUUGAGAGAAGAGGACCUGGCGGAGAAGAGGACCUGGCGGAGAAGAGGACCUGGCGGAGAAGAGGACCUGGCGGAGAAGAGGACCUGGCGGAGAAGAGGACCUGGCGGAGAAGAGGACCUGGCGGAGAAGAGGACCUGGCGGAGAAGAGGACCUGGCGGAGAAGAGGACCUGGCGGAGAAGAGGACCUGGCGGAGAAGAGGACCUGGCGGAGAAGAGGACCUGGCGGAGAAGAGGACCUGGCGGAGAAGAGGACCUGGCGGAGAAGAGGACCUGGCGGAGAAGAGGACCUGGCGGAGAAGAGGACCUGGCGGAGAAGAGGNACAAAGCAGAAACUCUUUGACGUGCUUGUGGAAACCCCCAUCUUCUGCGACAGUUUAUGCAAGGACUUCUGCGGGGAGGCUAGCAGUCUGUUUUUCACGUCCUACACCGUUGCUUCUGGCAUUUUCGGAUGGCCUCCUUUGUGGACAUCCAACAAUGUUCCAAGAACUGGACGUCCUGAAGCCAAAGGAGUGAGGAAGUCCCAACCAUUGACAUGUUACCAACUGCAUCGUGUCAUGGGUGGGAAUCUGACGAAUGACACCUGUCCCAGGAUCCAGACACUCCUUGGGGAUGCCUUCACAUGGAUCCUUCAGUUUGUCUCGAGGCUUUCACCUCCAUACUGCUUAAUACGGGGUUUUGUGAAGAACAGACCUGCAUCGUUCGAGCCGUACCCAUCCUCUUCUGGUGAUGUGGGAAGUGGGAACAGGAAACGGGAGCCUCCUUGGUGGGAGGGAAAUUGAAAUAACUUUGUUCCAAUCUAUUGCAAACCUGUAACCACUGUUGGAGGUUUGAAAUUAAAAUUGUUUUGCUUGGAGCCAUGAUAACAGUACUCGUGUACUAGCUCUGAUUUCCCAACUUUCAAUCUCAUG